AUGUCAGCUGAGAACGUUAGCUUGAGAAGGCGCAAAGAGUCAGUAUCUGUCUGUCUAUCUAUCUAUCUAUCUAUCUAUCUAUCUAUACGAACGAAAGAUCUAUCUAUCUAUCUAUCUAUCUAUCUAUCUAUCUAUCUAUCUAUCUAUCUAUCUAUUCCUAUCACUUCUAUAUCUAUCUAUCUAUCUAUCUAUCUAUCUAUCUAUCUAUCUAUCUAUCUAUCUAUCCCUAUCACUUCUAUCUCAAUCUGUUUCUAUCUCUAUAUCUAUCUCUGUUCCUAUCUAUCUAUCUAUCUAUCUCUGUUAGUUCAGAUCUAUCUAUCUAUCUAUCUAUCUAUCUAUCUAUCUAUCUCAGUUUGUUCGGAUCUAUCUAUCCAUCUAUCUGUCUCCAUUUUAAUUACAUUAAUAUCUAUCUAUCUAUCUAUCUAUCUAUCUAUCUAUCUAUCUAUCUAUCUAUCUAUGUACGCAGCUAUCUAUCUAUCUAUCUAUCUAUCUAUCUAUCUAUCGAAAUCCAUCUCUGUUUAUAGCCGACUAUCUAUCUAUCUAUCUAUCUAUCUAUCGAAAUCCAUCUGUGUUUAUAGCCGACUAUCUAUCUAUCUAUCUAUCUAUCUAUCUAUCUAUCUAUCUAUCUAUCGAAAUCCAUCUGUUCGACUAUCUUCAUCUAUCUAUCUAUUAUCAUCUAUCUAUCAUUCAUUCAUCUAUCGAAAUCCAUCUCUGUUUAUAGCCGACUAUCUAUCUAUCUAUCUAUCUAUCUAUCUAUCUAUCUAUCUAUCUAUCUAUCUAUCUAAAUCCAUCUGUGUUUAUAGCCGACUAUCUAUCUAUCUAUCUAUCUAUUCAUCUCUGUUUAUCUAUCUCAUCUAUCUAUCUAUUCAUAUCUAUUCAUUCAUCUAUUCAAAUCCAAACUGUCUGUGUUUAUAG